AACGUGCACCGGAAACCUUCUGCAUAAAGCCAGGCAGCCAGCCCUGCCGGCCUCCGCUCUGUCCCCGCUUAUCCAACUCUUGGUCCCUCUCCCCUCCUCCUCCUCCCUCCCCAUUUCUUUUCUUCGAGGGGCAUAAGGCUGGCGGGAGCAAAUUGUUCGCAGCCAUGGAAAGCUAGAGAGAAAUAGAGAGAGAAAGAGAGAGAGAGAGUCAAUUUUUUUUAAUUUUUUGGCUCAUUGGCUCCAUCCAUUUCUGUUGAUUCGACGAGGACACUUGUUGAAACGGUUGAGAUAUGAAAGGGGAAGAAGGCGGAAUGGAAGAGGAGAAUAGCGUGACGAUUAAUGAUCUGAUGAAGAGAAUGGCCGAGUUUGCGAGGGAGAGAGAUUGGGAUCAGUUCCAUAGUCCGAGGAAUCUUCUACUUGCUCUGGUUGGAGAGGUUGGGGAGCUUUCAGAAAUAUUUCAAUGGAAAGGAGAAGUGCCCAGGGGUUUACCAGACUGGAACAAAGAUGAGAAAGAGCAUUUAGGUGAAGAACUCUCUGAUGUUCUGCUAUACCUUGUUAGGCUCUCAGACAUCUGCGGUGUAGAUCUGGGCAAGGCUGCUCUCAGGAAGUUAGAGCUCAAUGCUCGCAAGUAUCCCGUACAGCAAUGCAAAGCCUCUUCCAAGAAAUAUACAAACUACAACAACGCGAAACUCCAAGGUGAGUCUCUCAACAUUGGAAAUGAAAAUGGAAAUGAAGAUGCCAUUACUGAGCUCCCAUAGUCUCUCUUUGCCCCCAAAAUGGUGGGCCCUUUUGGCAUCUGCAUCUUUUGUUAUGUUGAUCGUAACUCCUUUUGUUUCUUUGUUUUAUUUGUAGAUUUAAAACCAAAUGUCUAUUUUGUUCUUUUGUGGGCUGCAAGGAAAUGUGAAAUCAUUUAUGUUGUUUGGAACUAGUAGCAGACAUUGAUGUAAAGGAUACUUUAUGGAAUUUUGUUCUUGCUUGGUUUCUUUCGAUUUCAUGA